UUUCUCAUCUUCUUUAAGUUUUGAAUCGACUUUUACGUCAUAUGACAUUUAUUUAGUAUCUGUUUUCUGAUAUUCUUUUCCAAUUUAAGUCGACCAUUUUUUGCAUGGUGAAAUUUGAUGCACGCCCAGAAAUCAUCCAUAAUAUGAACAAAUCAAUAUCACAUUAAACAUGGAAACAAUCGUUGUGUUUGUUUUGUCAACGACGCUUCCGGGCUGGGGCCUUUUGUAGCAGGGCUGAUCGAUGUACUCAAUGACAUGUCCUUGAUGCACACUCGAAUGUAAGCAGGUGUAACCAUGUGAGAUAUGUGAGAAAUAUCCAUUUUCUAUACGAUUUGAAACAAGGUUAUAAUAAACUCGUAUCAUAGCACAAGUUCUAGAAGUAGAAUGACUUGCUUGUUUGUUGACUUCUGACAUGCUAAGGAAUGCAACCUGAGAUACUCGCUCAUCCAGGUAUUCUAAGCAAAGGGUCAUAGGUGACACUGAGUAACCAUUUUGGCAGAGAAGCACCUGAGAUAGAACAACUGCUUUGUCAUGAAGGCUGUGGCCAUGCUCGUCGGUUCGGUGAUUGGAACCAUCUUCUUCGAACAACAGGCCUGUUUCAGUUUGUUAUAUUCAAAGUCCCCUGGUGGUCCAGUGAGGGUGACAGGAGAGGUGCAAGGACUGACUGAAGGACCACAUGGCUUUCAUGUGCAUGAGUUUGGGGACUAUACAAAUGGUUGCACCAGUAUGGGUGCCCACUACAACCCCAUUGGCACAAACCACGGUGGUCCCAAUGAUGCUGUAAGGCAUGUUGGAGACCUAGGUAACAUCGUCGCCAAUGUCGCAGGCGUUGCCCAAGUGGACAUCACAGACAACCAGUUAUCCCUGUAUGGGGCAGACUCCAUCAUCGGGAGGGGCGUGGUGGUGCAUGCUGAUGAGGACGACCUUGGGAAAGGCGGCCACGAGUUAAGCGAUACCACCGGGAACUCUGGAGGACGUUUAGCAUGCGGUAUCAUCGGCAUCACCAAGUAGUGAUUUGGCCACCUAUGGAGCUCUUCAACUGGCUACAGAGUGAAACAAAAGUUGUGCCUUAUCGUAUGACACGCCACGUGCUAAAACUACUACAGUACCAGAUGUUAAAACUUAACUGCAACAAUAAAGAUAGUUUCUGCAAGGACACUGUUGUGUCUGUAUACGACUUUGUGUCCGGUGCUGUCCAGUUCUGAAAUGGUAGUUAGUAAUACGGUAAUAGUCGUAUGAACCUAGCAAGAAGAAAAGACGUAAUGUUCGUUCUGACAUGUUUACAGCCUCUCAGUCUGUGUAUGAUUUGCGUUGUAAAUCAGAAUAAACUGGCUGCAUGCUCUUGGAA